UCUCCUCGCGCCUCCAGUUGCUCCGCAGCUGCCGCGUGUGUCCGUCGCAUUUUCAAUGCGACACCGCUCCUCAUCUGUCAUAAUAUGGAUAUAUAUCAUAUUCGCGCUCUUGUCAAUAUUCAGUUCUCAUAUUUGUGGUUUUGUGAAGUCUCCGACAAGUAUAAAUGGAUUAUAUUGUAAAGUGCGAUCGGAAACGAUUAGAAUUGUAAGGUCCGCAAUGGAAUUUCUAGACAGUGUGAACGGAGCGGUGCAAAUGUGAUUUUAUAUUAGUAUAAAAAAACUAAACUAAUUUAUUUACAUCGUAGUAUCGAUGCAGUUAUCCAUUAAAAGAUGGAACGUUACAAACUGGACGCGUUACGAUUUCGUGCUUCCUUUAGUGAGUUAAACUAGUGUGUAGUGAUAAAAGUCUGAUUUGGUUAAACGUUAGUUUUAUCUAUAUCGGAGUAUGCUGAUCAACACGUUCCUUGACACUGAGGAUUUUGUACACCUGUACUAUCCGGAAGAUGAACCGCCGGCCCCGCAGGGCUGUGGUGCGGGAGCACGCCUCGCUUCGAAGUACCCUCGACCGACUACGCCUGAAUAUAAAGAGGUGGCAGCGACGUCGAGCGAGAUGAGCGAGCGCGAGCGGUACCGCGCGCCGCCGCAACCCGAGCCUCCACCGCACCGCGUGCGCGCCUCGGAUCUCUACCCGCGCAUGCGCACGCACUACGACGAGCCCGGUUUGGAAUCCGGUUUCGCUCCAAUAUGCGGCGAAUUUGUACAGUGGGUGGGCCGCACGGCAGACGGCGGUACGAUUGCGAUGUCAAACUACCGGCUUCACUUGCAGCCGCGAAGGCGUGGCGGGCCCGGUGCUUCGGUGCCGUUACGGCUUAUUGACGCACUGGAGAUCCGUGAUUUACUCUGCUUAUAUAUACUCUGUAAACACGGCCGACAAUUAAAAUGCUCAUUCAACACAGGAGACCAAUGCGUUGAAUGGUGGAGAAGACUGAACACGGCUUUAGUUCCCAUCGGUUCUCUGCAAGAAACGUUCGCAGCUGCAUAUGCCGCCUGGGCCAAGGAACUACCUCCCACGUCCGUCCAUAAGGCGCUCAUGAGGGCGUCACAAGCCCCUCAACGACAUUGGUUCGGACCUGAGUUGGAACGACUCGGUUUCACGACUAAAGGCGCGUGGCGCGUCACCGCUGCUAAUGCAGAGUACAAGCUAUGCCCCUCUUACCCGCCGCUGCUCAUCGUGCCGGCCUGCAUCGGGGACGAAGACCUGGACUCCGUAGCACGUUUCCGCGCAAUGCGGCGUAUUCCGGCGGUGGUUUGGCGCCACCGGUCCACGGGUGCGGUGAUAGCGCGUUCGUCGCAGCCGGAAGUUGGGUGGCUUGGCUGGCGUUCCAGCGAAGACGAACGAUUAUUGGCCGCAUUCGUCACGGCGUGUAACCAGGAUAGGCCUACUCCUAACAAGCAACUGAAGCUGCUGAUAGUGGACGCGCGCUCGUACGCGUCCGCGGUCACGAACCGCGCGCGCGGCGGCGGCUGCGAGUGCGCACAGUACUACCCCGCCGCCGACAUACAGUUCAUGAGCCUGCCCAACAUACACCACGUGCGCCGCAGCUUCCAGCAGAUGCGCGCGCUCUCCGCUGAGCCCGGGGAGCAGGCCAACUGGCACAGCAACCUGGAGCGCACGGUGUGGCCGCAGUACGUGUGCGGCGUGGCGCGCGCGGCGACGGCGGUGGCGCGCGCGGCGCACGCGGGCCGGCCCGUGCUCGUGCACUGCUCGGACGGCUGGGACCGCACGCCGCAGCUCGUGGCCGCCGCGCAGCUCAUACUCGACCCCUACUACCGCACGCUGCAGGGAUUCCGGAUACUAAUCGAGCGGGAGUGGUUGGACUUCGGACAUAAGUUCGCGGAUCGUUGUGGACAUCAAUUCGGCGCAGAAGACCCUAACGAGCGAUCUCCCAUCUUCUUGCAGUGGCUACACGUCGUGUACCAGAUGAUGUUGCAGUAUCCCUGCAGCUUCGAAUUCAAUGAAGCUUAUCUAAUAAAGCUGGCGACGCACGUGCACUCGUGCAUGUUCGGCACGUUCCUGUGCAACACGAGCCGCGAGCGAGCCGAGUGCCGCGCGAGCGACACGACCGCGCAGGUGUGGCACCUGCUGCGCGCGCCCGCCUACCGCAACCACCUCUACACGCCGCCGCACCACCCGCACGAGCAGGUGAUCUGGCCGGAGUGCAGCGUGCGCGCGAUGCAGGUGUGGUGGGGGCUGCUGCGCGGCGAGCGCGAGCGGGAGCCGCCGCGCGCCGCGCCCGCGCCGCCCGCCGCGCCCGCCGCGCCCGCCGCCGCGCCGCACGCCAACGGUUUAAUGACGAAGACUAGAUCCUGUGAUAACCUGCUUAAUGAGGGAGAGAAGAGAACUACGCAGAGGAGAUGCAGCGACCCAAAUUUGGCGCCAGAUGUUAUGAAAUUAUCAUUGGUAGUAAACGGCGGCCCAACCGCGGAACGCUCAGAGGGCGAAGCUCCUGUACUCACAGACAGCUGCGUCGAGCAGCUGACGGGAGAUACUGAUACGGAAACUGACCAGGUCGAUGGCCUCCACCCAGACCACUUCGAGAACAGACUGCGCGACAUCACGAGCAAUUCAUCAUCCUUGGAGCGCGAGCUGGUGGCCGCGCCCACCGUGACCACAAGUGAACAGGCGUGCGACGCUCCAGCGGACACUCCCGAGGAGCCACCUGUGUUCGUUUGUGAAACGUACACCGACGUCCUCGGCAUGGCUGAAGCGGCAAGAGAAACAGCGAGAACGAGAAACAUAAGUAUAACAUGGCGGUCUAUAUCGGAAUCCAGCAACCAGUCCUCUACCGGCUUCGACGUCCCCGAGAACUCGCCACAAAAUCACACCGAAUCUAAGAUCAACCGUCUCCAGGAGACACCCAUUGACAAUCAUAAUUCCACCGAGGGGGAUGUGGUCAAUCACAACAUAGUGAACCAACUAAUCAAUCACAACAGGGAGAUGGGCAACGGGGACGUUAACGGCUUAGUGGAUGUUGCCACGAAAUUUCUUGAAGUAGACUUGAAUGGCGGCGCGUCGUCCAGCGGCGCCAGCUCGGAGAGCGAGGGCGAGGCGGAGGGCGCGGGGCGCGCGGGCGGCGCGGGCACGCGCGUGGCCAGCCAGCUCACGCUGUGCCCCGCGUCGCCGCGCCGCGCGCCGCGCCCGCCGUGCGCGCCGUGCCCGCCGUGCGCGCCGUGCCCGCACUGCGCCGUGUGCCUGGCGGGCGAGGAGUCGUCGGGCUCGAGCGACGCGUGCUGGUGCGGCGCGUGCGACGGCGGCGCGGGCGCGUCGCGGGCGCGCUGCGUGUGCGGCGCCGGCCUGCGCGCGCACUGCGACUCGCUGGACGGCCUGCCGCCCGCCGCCGACCCGCUGCAGGCGCGCCUGCACCAGAUCAUACUGUACCAGAAGAAAGUGGUAGAGGAAUUGAGCGGGCAGCUCCGCGAGGCGCGCGAGGCUCUCCGUAGGGCGUCGCCCGCGCCGCCGCCUGCGCCGCAGCCCGCUACACAAGCACAGGUGUGCCGCAACGGCAACGGCAACGGCGGCAGCACGGCGAGUCGCGGCAGCGGCGGCGGAAGCAGCGCGGCGAGCGGCAGCAGCAGCGGCAGCGCGUCGGAGGUGGAGGUGGGCGAAGAGGCGCGCGGCGUGCUGUGGCUGCCCGACAGCGCCGCGCCGCGCUGCCAGCACUGCCGCAACCAGUUCUGGCUGGCGCGCCGGCGGCACCACUGCAGACGGUGCGGCGGCAUAUUCUGCGGCUCCUGCUCGGAGAUGAGCCCGUGGGGCGAGCUGGGCGCGGUGCGCGUGUGUCGGCGCUGCCGCCUGCGGUGACGAGCCCGCCCCGCCUCUCCGCCUCCGUAGCCGAGUGACGUUUGUGACGUUUAAAACGUUACGAAUGUUCCCUCGACGAAAUUCGUCUUUGAUUCAACGACAGUAUUCCUCAAUGAACUGCUCACGAGUGACGCGUCGGUCGAACGAUUGACUCUCCUAUACUAACUAGAUAUUAAUUAAUUAACGAUUACUUCCAAAUCAGUUCUAUAUUGUUCUAAUAAAGUUUACAUAAUGUUAUCGAUUUUUGUUUUUUACUUAACGAUAAAUCACAUCUAUCGUGUUGCAGAAUAUGUUAAUAAUGAAAUAGUAUCCAUCUCGUCCUACCGGUCUCUAGAAGGCGGCUUCGAACGUAAAUGUAACUAUGAGGGGAGAUCUUGUACGCUCGUCCCUGCGCGAGCGCGGACCGAGACAUGCAUUACGAUACAAUAGUUUAUUUAUACUAGUCAGCCUGCUUCGUUUAACAUUUUAAAACAUUGUUUUGUUAUUUGUAAGAAUGUAUGAUUCAAAGACUAUUCCACAAGACACCAUGACAGUUACUCCAACUUUACUCCUAUAUAUAAAGUUAAUAUAAUCCAAUAAUGUUAAAUGACGGUACAAUAAAGCUUAAUGUGUUUUAUAUAUAUAACUAUACGCUGGCUCCGACAUGUAUAAACAAUACGUCCGUACAAAUGACACACCGGCUGAGACACCGAUAUCGAAGUAUGGAAUAUCAUUCGCUAGCGACUCCUAGCGGGAAGCUAAAGCGGUACCGGAGUUAAUGUCGCAGCCAUCUAGUUUUAUUUGGGAUUUAAACGAUUGUCCCGUAAAUGUGACGUGUAGUUGAGGCUAGGCGAUUAUUAAAUGACAAAUUGCGCUAGAUAUCUACGACAUAAAGGUUAGACAAAUUGUGAUCAUUAGCAUAAUCAAAAUUAGGAGAUGAACUUCUAAAUAGUUUGCGUUGUUAAUGAAAGUCGUUACUGUGAAAUAAAAGUUUUCGAAUGUCCAAAAGCGAAGGCUGAUUUUAUUUUUCAACGAAUUUCUUAAAUGAAUAACGUAGUGCGACUCUCGUAUCGUCAACGAAUGCCACUAUAGACUGAACUUUUACUUGUGGCGAGUUAAUGUAUAAUGGAAAGCGGUGUAAGCGAUUGUACUACGGUGAUAUAUUAAAAACUAUUUAUUUUAUAUUGACUUUAUAAUUAAAUAAUUGUAAAUUUUGUUAUUUUUUAUUAUUAAAUAAUUCUUCGUCUUAGAAAAAUGUACUUCAAUUUGAUCGACACCGUGUAUAAUCGUCUUAAGGGGAUAACGUUAAAGGGGAUCUAGCACAUGGUACGGUCCGCAGAGCAAAGUUCUAUUUCAUUCAUGUUUUUGUUAUUUCAUUUUUUCCUACAUUAUAUCGAUUAAAAAUAUUCAGCGAUUGUUAGCCGUUAAACAAUUAUUGCUGUUCGAAAAUGAGAGAAUUUUCAAUGUGACUUUUUAAAAGUCUAUCGUCUGUCUAUCUUUUACUUUUUAUAAUUGCUUUGUAUAUUUAAAUGCCUGACCUUCUUAGAAUUAAAUAUAACAAAAUAUUUGAGUGCCUAAAACAUAGUUGAAAAACUUUCGAUGCAAUAGUGUCUGUUUAGUCGAUCUGACCAGACAUUUACAUUGAUGUUAAUAAUAGACUUGAACAUAUUAUUUUUAUUAAGAUGUCAAAAAUAACGGCAAGUUGUGAAAAGUUAAAUUACAAGCCAUUAAAUGAAAGAUAGAUGGAUUGAGAAAGCAGCAAAAAUGAAUCGUCUGGUCAGGUUGUCUAUUACCUAUAUUAAGAGUUAAGAAAUUAACAUUAACCAAUUUUCAAACCCGUGAGGAAAUUAACGCAGUUUUGUAUUUUAUUUGUGAUAUUGAUUAUAAUUUUUGUAAAAUACUAUAUAUAAGAGUUUAAAACAUGUUGAUAUACGUUAAAUUUAUGGUGAUUAUUUAAUCGCGGUGCGUACUCGUUGAAUUUAUCAAAUUAUUGUUAUUAACAAUAAUUUUAAAAUAUAAUCAAACAGCUGAGCGUACUACUGAACACGAUAAGCAAUAACAAUGUUCAAAUUAUGGAAAUGAAACAUUAUUUAAGAUAAAUAUAAUUUUAUCGAGACGCUGAUUGCCACGGAACACAUUGUUAACAAUAAUUAACGAACGAAAAUGUAUUUCUCGCGAGUCGUAUUUAAUAAUAAUGACGUUAAUCGUCCAUUUAAUUUAUUUUGAAUUUGGCACAAGAUUAGCAUUAUACAUAUAAAAUAUUCACUUGAUUUUAUUUCUGUUAAUGAACUUGUGACAUUAAUGUAUCUGUUUAGUAAUGUUUUUUUUAUCAAAAAAUGGAAUUGUUACUUGCAUAAAUUAUAUUAUACACCGAAAUUCAUGCUCGGAGUAACUUAAGUUUUAUUGUCGAAGUGCAACUUGUUUGUGACCAAUGAAUGAUAUAACGUGGAAUAAAGCAUAUUUAGUUUUAUAAA